AUGUCGCGCCCUUCCUUCCCUCUCGGUUCCGCAAUCAGCGCCGUCGCCGCCGUUCUCGCGGCUCUAGUGGCGGCGGGAGUGGCGGCGCUCCGCCUGGGGUCGCGGCAGCGUCCGCAUCUCGCGGCUCUCCUGGCCACGUCCCCCCUGCACGGCCUUUCCACUGCUGCCGCGCACACGCGCCUCAUUGCUGCGCGCAAGGGCGGCGAGGAGCAGAGGCGGGGCGGCAUGGCGUGGACGGACGUGCUGGGCUGCUGCGUGGGCGCGCUGAGGGGCGCUGCUCAGGGGAUGGAGGUGCCAGCAGAUAUGCGCCUCAUCUACACUGCUGCGCUGCUAUUGGACGAGGCGCCCAUUCACGGCAUGCUGCAUGCGCCCGCCCUCAAGUCCCACCUCCCCCCGUCCGCCUCUGCUGUAGACCCGCGCCUCUGUGCUAACGUAGCUCUUAGGGGGUGUGCGGUGGAGCAGGGGUGGGGGGUGGGCGUGGUGUAUGCAGUGGGGGGGGAUACUGAGGAGGGCGGCAUGGUGGGCAUGUUGGAGGUAAAGCGGGACGAGGGACAAGGGGACUGGGUGCCAUGUGCUGAGACGAGUCACACUCCGCUUCCCCCAACCACUCCCAACCAUCCGUACCAUUCCCAACAGCAUCCCAACACGCACGACACCACCACCACCACCACCACCACUACCACUGAGGACGAUAUCGCCGGCACCCACGUCUGGCCCUCCCCACACUCACCUCUCCCCUCCGCGCUCCUCCCCUCGCGCGUCUCCACCCUCUCCCUCCGCCUCGCCCGUCUUCUCGGCCUAUCCGGCACGGCUCUAGCAGUGACUGCCAUGGGGUUGAGGCGGGCAGGCGUGGUGGUGCGAGCGGGUGGGCUGAGGGCGGUAGAGGCGGUAGCGCUGUGCCGGUCCGCUCUCUUCCACGCGCCGCUGCUGCUGCCGCGCGCCUCUGCUCUUGGUGACUCUGCAAUGGAGGGUCGUGAGGUGAGGGGUGAUGGGCGUGGUGGGAGGGGUGGGGUGGAGGGAGGAGGAGGGGUUGACGGGGCGGUGUGGGGAGGGAGAGGAGGGGCGAAUGGGGCGGAUGGGGUGGAGGUGGCGGCAGUGCUGCUGGCAGAUGGGGUCUGCCUUACUGCUGCCUGCGCUAGUGGCGUCUGCGUGAGAGAGGAGGAAGGGGCUGGAGGGAAGGAGGUGAUGGGGAGUGGAGAGGAGGAGAACGGCAGUGGCGAUGAGGAUAGGCGAGGCAGGGAGGAGGAGAUGGUGGCAGCAGCAUGGGCUGUGCUGUGUGGUGUGGGCGCAGCAGAGAGCCGCAUGGCGCACUGGCAGCACGCGGUGAGGCAAGCACUGGCAGGGGAACAGGACGCCACUCACGCCAGUGCUGCCAGGGACGGAGGGGGUGAGGUGGGGAUGUUGGGGGGGAUGGGAAGAGAGGGAGAUGAGCGGCCGGGGCAGGGAGAGGGUAGUGUGGUGGGGCGAGUGGGAGGGGGUGAGGGGGGAGGAGGGGAGGAGAGGUGCAGCAGUGGUGGUGCUGGGGAGAGUGCUCGUGGGGAGAGGGAGGGUGUGAGGGAGGACGGUGGAGGGGGGGGCGAGGAGGGAGGGGAGGAGGGAAGGGAGGUGGGAGGUGAGGUGCAGUUGGCAUGGUGGUUGGCGCGGUGUGAUGGGGAGGGGCGGGCAUGGAUGGGUGCGAGUGAUGAUGUGGAUAGAGCUGUGCUCGCUGCGCUAGUUAACGGCAUGUGGUGCGAUGGGAUGGUUGGGGGGGAGGAGAGAGAGGGUAGCGCGGUGGUGACAAGAGGCGAGGGGGAAGACGUUCUGUCCAUGUGCACACACGUGCUCGUGGAGUGCUGUGCCACCACAUGUGGCAGCACGGGGGGCAAUGCAGGUGGCAGCACAUGUGGCAGCACGGGGGGCAGUGCAAGUGGCACAAUCUGCACAUCAGAGGCGGGAGUGAUUGGGAGAGCAGACGCAGAUGGAGCAGCAGCGAAAGGGGGGGGUGGGGGCGAAGAGAGAGUAAGGGGGGAGAUGCACGGAACAGGUGCAACGCUGCUGGGAGGGCUGCUGGAUGGCUGCCACGUGGCAUGGAUGGAUGACAGCCGUCGAUCGCAUCUUGUGAGGCAGGUUCAAGAAAUGCAGCAGGCAGGUGGGUGGUGGGCACUGGGCAGAGUAUCUUUGGCCUCCGCUGCUGCUCUCCGCUGCUGCUCUCCGCUGCUACCUCUGUCCCCUCCUUUCCCUUCCCCUCCUUUCUCUACCUUCCUACCAUUAGCACUUGCUCUUCUCUCGUCUUCCCACUUCGCUGCCCUGCAUGCAUCUCAUUCCCACCUUGUCUGA